AUCAUUGCCUUUCAUGUAUAAAUAGGCUACAAUUAUGUUGUAAUCUUACUUAGAAAAAAAAACAAUCUUAAAGAGAAAAUGAGGUCAACAAUGCUUAAAUGCAUAAUAAGUAUAGUGUCGGUCAUAUAUUUGUUGAAUCAAAAUGCUCAUUGUGAACUGCAGGUUGGGUUUUACAGCUACUCAUGUGGUAUGGCUGAGUUCAUUGUCAAGGAUGAAGUCAGAAAAGCUGUCAGUAAUAAUCCUGGGAUUGCUGCUGGGCUUGUCAGAAUGCAUUUUCAUGAUUGCUUUAUCAGAGGGUGUGAUGCAUCAGUGCUUCUUGAUUCCACUCCCUCAAACACUGCAGAGUAAGACUCUCCCGCAAAUAAACCAAGUCUUCGAGGGUACGAAGUCAUUGAUCAAGCCAAGGCUAAACUUGAAGCAGUGUGUCCAGGGAUUGUUUCUUGUGCUGACAUUCUGGCAUUUGCAGCAAGGGACAGUGUGGAGUUAGCUGAAGGGCUUGGUUAUGAUGUUCCAGCAGGUAGAAGAGAUGGCCGAAUCUCACUAGCUUCAGACACUAGAACAGAGUUACCUCCUCCAACCUUUAAUGUAAACCAGCUCACUCAACUCUUCGCAAGGAAGGGAUUAACACAGGAUGAAAUGGUCACCCUCUCAGGAGCACACACCAUUGGCCGCUCUCAUUGCUCAAGUUUCAGCAAGAGAUUGUACAAUUUCAGUGCCAGUUCUAGACAGGAUUCAAGUUUAGAUCCCUCAUACGCAGUAUGGCUGAAGCGGAAAUGUCCACAAGGCAGCACAAACCCAAACAUGGUGGUUCCAAUGAACCCUUCAAGUCCUGGAAUUGCAGAUGUAGGCUACUAUGUUGACAUAUUAGCAAACCGAGGCCUGUUCACAUCCGACCAGACUCUCUUAACUAAUGCUGAAACAGCCAGCCAGGUGGAGCAAAAUGCCAGGGAUAGCUAUCAAUGGGCAAGCAAAUUUGCUGAUGCCAUGGUUAAGAUGGGUCAAAUCAGUGUCUUAACAGGUAAUGCUGGAGAGAUUAGAACAAAUUGCAGGGUGGUCAGUAGCUAGCAAUAGUGGUGCGGGAAAUACCUGCAGCAGAUUAAGAUUUACAUAUUUUGAGUCGUGUUUCUAGUGGAAGGUUUUUUCCUCCUGUUUGAUUAUAGAGCACGUAACUUUGCUUAUGUUAUAUUUCUUUUUUCAUUUUGUUCGCAAAACUAGCCUUCACCUGUCGCUGAAUCAGUCCUCUCUGUUUGCCCCUAAAAAUUGAUAGCUUGUCGUGUGAAGUAUCACAAUCAAUUUACUUUUGCGCA